GGAGGGCGGCGCCCGGCAGCCCGGGACGCUGAGGGGAGGGCGCCGCUUCCUCCUCGGGCGGGCAGCGCCUCCGCCUCCUCCUCCUCCUCCCGUCCCCUGUCCCCCCCAGCAUGGACAACAAGCCCCUGCUGCAGGAGCGGCCGCCCGCCUACAGCCCCGCCGCGCAGGGCGCGGGUUACGACUACGGGCAGAGCAACUACGGCGCCAUCCCCGCCCCGCAGCCCGGCUUCCAGCCGCCCCCGCCCUACCCGUACCCGGGCGCCGCGGCUGCCGCAGGAUAUGCUGUUCCUCCACCGACAUCACAGCCAAACUAUUCGAGCACAUACACCAUUAUUCAACAGCCUGCUACCACCACUUCUGUAGUAGUAGUUGGUGGCUGCCCUGCCUGCAGGGUUGGCGUUUUGGAGGACACCUUCACCUGCCUCGGUGUUUUGUGUGCCAUUGUAUUCUUUCCAAUUGGGAUUCUGUUCUGUCUUGCACUGAGGCAGCGAAGAUGCCCUAAUUGUGGGGCGGCUUUUGGCUAAAGGGGACGAUCGUGGACGUGCUUAUGGAAGCUACAACUGUUAGCAUACUCUUUCUAAUGUAAAUGUCAUGUACAAUCAUUUUAUUUGCUUCAGACCUGUUUUUGUAAAGUGUGAAGAAAUUUAGUCUCUUGCAUGUAAUUUAAACUUAAUCUUUUAUGAGCAUGUGCAUUGCAAAACAUGAAAACCCAACUUGUUUUCCAUGUUUAGUGGCACCUCUUGAAAACUAAAUAAAACUGCUUUUCCUUUUUUGCAA